GGGCGAACGUUAAAAAGGAUUUUUUUUCGACUCGUAAUAUAUCAACCUUGAUUUCUCGUCGGUGUUGUUCUUUGAAUGCUAGUAACUCGACUAUCUUCCAAUAUAUAAGAGUUUUCUUGAUCCACCUUAUCUGAGCGACACUGAGUGAUAUAGAGUCCUCACUGAAGUGAAUGAAUGAAGUGAAUGAGAUGAGUGUGCUUUGGUUCGGAGUCUAGUGAAGACAGGAGUGAUCAGUCCAUGAUUCGACCCACCCUCCAAGAGCCCCCUCCUCCCUACAGCAGUGAACAGUCCAUGAUUCGAAUCACCCUACAAGAGAUUCACCUUUAUCCUCCCUACUAGGAGAUAUUUAUAGAUUUAUGUUGUAUAGAUUUAGAUAGUACUUGUUCUCACAGAAGUCACUAGUUCUCUCAUUCUCAACAUCAUAUUAAGUGCUCUCAUCCUACUACAUUCUCAAAAUAUUAAAUGCUCUCAACAUCCUACUGUUAGACGACGAGCACUAAUAUCGCAAGGACCAGCCAGGAGUCUGUUCGCACAGGCACUUCUUGGACAAAACUCGGAAUGUUUUUUUGUUCGUUGUACUAAAGGAAAUAUAUUACGUACUUCUUGUCAGUUCUUUGGUCUUCCUCGGUCCAUCGAGUUUUUAUAAGUCUAGAAGAACAAAAGAUGGCGGUCGCAACUGCACAUCACGGAGACGGAUACCAUUACAGUAAUGGAGCAUCAACAUCAGUUGGAGCGCACCACACCCACACAUACCCCAACCAUGGAGGAGGAGCAGCAGCGGUAGACCAUCUUCCUGCUUCUGCUACGGGUGGAGGGGGUAGUCAGGUGUUGAGGACGCGAGGAGGUGGAGGAGGCUCGUCCUCCUCUGCAUACACUGCACAAGCAGUUGGACAUGGACCACGACAUGGAGGUUCUUACAAUGCUGCACAUGGACAUCAACAUGUUGUCGCAGCAGGAACUCUACAUCACAAUCUCGUCCAUCAGCAACAUUACGCUACUUCUAGUUCUACAGUGUCUCAACAAGUUGCAGCAGCUCAACAUUUUCAUCACCAACAUGCUCAUCCUUCACUAUCAUCUGGGAAUAACAUUGUGACAACGAUAUCAUCAUCAAGCAGAGCACCAGCUGCGCUUCAUCCAGCACAUUUAGUUGUCGCAGGAGCCCUCAAUGUGGUUCCAACCAAGACAUUUCUUGUGCCUAAUGUAAUAGUCACCGUGCCAUAUCUCUUCGAAAACUCGAAAUUAGGCUUGAAUUUGCGCAGUCUCACAGUUGAAAACUUCUAUGCGCCAGGGGCUGAACGGUUCGGAUGGAAGAUAGGUCCUACAGUUUGAUUUGUUUUGUCGUGAUUCUCAUGAACAUCAGCAUACGAAGAUGUUCUUAUUCACUUAAGUAUUCUGUAUCAAUUUCAUCCUCACCAUCACUGAUUUCUUCUCGACUCACUUUUUCCUUUCGCAUCUGAAUAGAUGACACGAUCAUUUCCGUAAACGGUGUGCGGACAGGGACAUUUGAAGCCUUCAACCGGCAGAUGAGUCACGUCAAAGUUGCGAAAAUUUUGCCGAUCACCUUUGAAGUUUAUCGACCUUCUCUUGACCUCCAACUACAUACUUCUAGUUCAUCUAGUAGUCUAGGAGCAAUGCCAAUGCCAAUGUCUAGUGGAGGACAUACAGAUAUAGCGCAACUACUUUUACAACCUUUUGCAGCUGCCUAUCAUUAUCAACACUCUCCUCCUGACGAACUACAGCACGACGACCACUAUAGAAGUAGAACAGGUAGAACGAAUUAUCCAGACGUCGUAGAGGUAGGAGCAGUAGGGCCUCCAAGAGCCGUAGGCGCUUAUCCGCUAGUAGAGGUAGGAGUAGGGCCAAGAGAGGUACAACUAGGCGCUUACCCGCCACCUCCUGGGACCACAGUUUCCAGCACGAUAGGAGGAACAGCAAUUAUGGGUACAUCCUCGUCAACUUCUAGCAAUGGUCCUAUUGCCAUAACCAAAGAAGCACUACAACUUCUUCUUCUCCAGCAGCAGCAGCCCUAUGUUGAUGACCACCUCCAAGAAUGGCCUCCGAAUCGAAAUCGAAAUCCUCCUGAUCUACUAGGAGGUUCUUGUGCAGCGCCUCCCGCACCUGCGCCAGGACCCGAAAUAGUCAAUGAUGUUCAAGAAUUGCAAGUACAGGAGGACAAGCCAUCUCCUUCUUGCCCGGUGUACUUUCAUGCUACUGCUCUGUGCGGAGAGGAACAGUACUUUUUUUUUCAAUGUCACUUCAACAAACUUACUCCAUAGAAAUUAAUACUGACUUUGAAAAGUCCACCUAGGUAGACCUCAUUAUUCGUAGUUUCCGAUACUAGCAGAAAACAACGAUUACGAUCAUUAUAAAACAAUUAUAGGUUCGUCGUAGCAUCACCGCAAGGAGUACCCGUUUAUAAGGAGAAAGACUGCAUCACAUUGUAUGGGCGCGCGCGGGCAAAUUCAACUUACUCCGUCUCAGCAUUACACCAACUUCCGAGUGGGCAGAUCGCAUAUCAAAUGAAGGAAGGAGGUAGUACUCUUCUAGGUUUAUUCAUCAGCACAUAGUGGAGAUGAGGAUGACGAGGACCAUCCACCAAUUGGGUUGUAAAAAGGCUACACGAGGACGAGGAACCAAAUAAGACUACACGAGGACGAGGAACCAAAUAAGAAAAGUGUAGUACUACUAGCAGGUCUGCAUUCCUGUAAUUUUCUUUUGUUCUCACCUUAUAAUAUGAAAGGUACCUGGUUGCUACCCCAAAAAGAGGGAGAUCACCUGGUGAAAAAGACCCUUCCACCAGCAGACGAAGAUAAGGCGAGCGUUGACGCAAUGACGCGCUUACUGAAGGGCCUCGACGCAUUACAUCGUUUACGGUCGCGUCACGGAGCAUCGACCACGACCACUACAAAAGUCCAACUACACCAGGUAGAUCAGCAACGUCCACCUCUUCUUGAUGCUCCUGGUGGAGCUCAAGGAGUCCACCAUAACCACUACGUGGCAGUGAAGCGAGAGGAGGAACGGCUCUAUCAUUCUUCUACAACUGGUCGUGCUGGGUAUAAUGCGAACUGCAAAGGCGGUGGUGUUCCAAUCCUUAAGGCUCCUCCUGAUGUUGAGAUUGAUCAUUGCAGCUGUUGCUCUCAUAUUACUCAUUCAUAAGUUCUUGUUGUAAUUCUAAUAAUCGCUGCGUUCAUUUUCAAGAAUUUAGCUUCUUUUUCUAAUACCCUUGUGCAGUAG